ACUCACUUACCCCUUUUUAUACGUACCCCACAACCACACUUCGUAGUUAGUACAUCCAGUCUCAUCACUUCUUUCCCCUCUCUCUCUCUCUCUCCAUGAUGACAACGACGGAGGAGUUCUCAGCUCUGGACCUCAUUCGCGAACACCUCCUCGGCGACUUCACCUCCACAGAGUCAUUCAUCUCCACCCUCAACCUCUCCACCACUUCCUCUGUUUCCUCCGACGUCGUCAACCCCGUUCUCUCUCCAUCCGGUUCGUCCGACUCUACCUCUCCCCUUUCAGACCCAACCCGGUACUCCGCACCGCCAACUUCAGACCCGCAUGAUCAAUUUGGCCGGGCGGAUAGUGGUUCGGGCUGGCUCGAGGGGAGGAAGUACAGAGGGGUUAGGAGGCGGCCGUGGGGAAAGUACGCGGCGGAGAUCAGAGAUAAGAGCAGGAACGGGGCCCGGGUUUGGCUCGGGACGUUCGAUGAGGCCGUGGAUGCUGCCAGAGCAUAUGACUGUGCGGCUUUCAAGAUGAGGGGAAGGAAGGCUGUCCUGAAUUUUCCUCUGGAAGCCGGAAAGUGUGGACCGCCGGCGAAGACUGGACGGAAGAGGAGGGAGGGCGGAGUUGAGAGAGGAGGAGGAGAGUCGCCGGGAUUUGAGGAUGUCGAAAAGGUUUGUUCUGUUGGUUUGGCCGUUAACGUCGCCAAGUUAGAAGGUUAACGGUGUUUUAAUGGGGCAAUAGAUUGAGAACUCUGUAAAGCUUUAGGUAAUGUUUGGUUGGAUAAUUAACCUUCCAAUAGAAUGAAUGAACAUGUAAUUAGAGUGAGUAAUUACCCUCCAAAUAGGUUGAAUGUUCACAUAAUUUGGUGAAUAAUAAUCAUCUUUUACGUA